UUGGAAUUUAAGGAAGAUCAACCAACAAUUGCAAAAGAGCUUCAUUCGCUUGUCAGUGUUUCAGGGCUAGACAAGAAAGAGUUUGAUGGAUUGAUAGAAUUAAUCUUCAAAGAUGUUACUGCCACUACAACCAAAAAUAUUUUGAUCAUGUCCUUGUUGCCCAAUGGGUUAUAUAUACUUCCACAUGAAGUAAUAUAUCUAAUACUCAGUAGCAUCGGAACACCAGAAGUUUAUUACAAAGACGGCGGAAAACAAAAGCUGAAACAUUUGGCUAAAUCUAAUCAACAGAAUUUACUAGAAUGGCUUAUUUGCUCCUUACAUUUGUUUGGUCCUAAGGUGUUCAAGACUUUAAAUAGGUUAUUACCGAUUCUUUUCAAUCUUCUUCCUUUCGAAUUCCUGAGACCAUUCAUAGCAAACUUGAUUUUCAUUACUAUAUUGAAUAGCAAUAAAUCGGUUAAAAUAGACUCCAUUCAGCUAAGAAGCCACACUCUUUACUCAUUCAAACCUUGGCAUGCUCAACUUGUAGUUGAAUUAUUCCUCAAGUUUCCAUUAGAUAACAGCUUGAAAAGUUUACUAGUAUUUUUCAAGACUAUAAAUCCAAAUUUGGAUUACAAUAAACUUGCACCAAAUAACACGGAGUAUGAUUUAAACUCUAUUUCCCUAGUCGAUCUUCGAACUUUCAGUUACCCAGAUCCUAGAUUUUUAGAAAAAUUAAAUGAUAUCAAGAUUAUUAAUGGAUUGAGAGGUGAACCAAGGCUAAAAGAAGUCGAGAAUAUUAUGCAUUCGAAUAUUAAACAAUAUGACGAUUUCUCUCGUUCGAUUAAAAGACGAAGACGAAAUAUAAGCAACAGAUAUAAUUCAGAAACUGCUGACUUAGAUUUCCUAGAAUUCAAUGGGUCUCUGACCUCUACAGCUGUUUCAAUUAAUGACUGUAAUGAUUGCAGAACAUUUAUAAACAACUUGAACAAUAUCAGGUUCAUCAACAUCAAUUCUUUAGUUAGCCCUUCUACCAAUGCUCCUUUAUCUAUUGCAAACAAAUUCAAAGUAUACUUUCUUGUCACACAAGGCUUGUUGGCUAAUAAUAAUUUUUCAGAAUCGAUAACUAAGCUUGAAUACUUUAUUCGAUUAAGCAUUCUCGAUGACAAUUUAUCUUUCAAAGACUUCCAAGAACUUUUUGACAAAAUCGAACGGCUUAUGGCUUCCAGCUCUGGGACCUUGACACUAAAACUGAUGAUUGAUUUCUUAUGCUAUAAAUUCGGCACCCAUUUAAACAAUUGCACUUCGAACUCAGAAAAGCAUGAAAUUAUUAAGCUAAGAAUCAAACUACUAAAAUACUUGCCUGUAAUUAAUCCAUCAGUCUUCAAGGAUGAACUAUUGAGUAAUCUCUUAAAUGAAAUUGAUUUCAAAGUACUAACUGAAAGUCACAAGCUUCGCAAAGCUGAGAUAACAUCACUUCUAUUAAAAGAGCUUAGCUAUUUAUUUUCGACAUGGUACUCCAAAGUAAAAAAUCCGAACUGCAAUCAGGAGACAAAGUUCAACUUUUUCAAGAUAAUUAACUCAUCAAUUCCAAUGAUAUACGCCUUUAUUAUUGAAAAGUCGUUAUUGACUUUGGAAGUUAAGUUUUCUCUUUUAAAGCUAUUCAGGUUCAUUAAAACAUUUGAUAAUAACCACUUCCAAGAGUUUUUAGAACCGACAGGAGUAUUUAUUCCUCCCCCUUUAAUUUAUAAUUUAUUAUUUACUUUUAAUCCUCUUGUCAUUUCCGAAGUCUGUGGAUAUAUCGCCUACAUAAAAACUUAUAGGUAUCCUGAAACUAAAAAAAAUUUACAGACAAUUCAAAACACAUAUGUUAUGGAUACUUUGAACUUUCUUUGGAGAGACAAGGCUUUCUACUACUAUCCAUCAAAAGAAUCUUCGAACAAGUCAUUUUUACUACCGCCAGAAUUCUUGCAUAAGUUAGGAACUUUGCCUGCGUUCAGUUUCUCAAACCUUGUAAGUGUUACUUCGGCCGGCAAUAUUUUUCAUAACCCCAGCUUUUCUCUAAUUGCAGCCGAAAUUGUUUGGAACUUUGAGGAUGAAACUGAAAGGCUAACCCAAAGACACCCAGGCCCAUUGAAAGAAACUACUGCGACUCAGUUAUACAGGGAUCCAAAUAGUGAAUGGCUAGGUAUUCCUUAUGACGAGGUGAGACUUAGGGUAUUAAGAAAACUUGAUAGGUUAGGCUAUAAAGGCCUUUGCGACUUGUUAUUCACUUCCUUGAAAACUUUGAUGAACCAGAGA